UCUGCCACCCGCGAGCCUCUGCCCACCGUCCAGGUCCUCGCCGACACCGACGACGACGACCGCCAUGCUCGCCAAUUCUUGCAAAAACGCAUGGCGGAGAGCCCAGCGCAUGGUGCGCCUGCAGAGCACCGCUGUUGCUCCCGCGAAGUCACCUUCUCCAAACUCAGCGGUGGUGUCCGCGGGUCAAGACCCAGCUGAGCGUGCAUAUGCUUCCUCUGUUGUGCACGGCCGCGCGCUCUUUGCGCCGCACUACCAUCCCAAAACACACGGCGUGCCCGUCGCGCUCGUCCACUUCCGCUCCUACCAUCUCGACCUCCUCAAGCUGUUCACCCACUUCAGCGCACACGCCGCCGCAGCGCUCGGCAUCCCCAUCUCGAAGACGGUCCCUCUGCCUACGAAACGCACACUCUGGACCGUCAUGCGCGGCCCGUUCGCACACAAGAAGUCGCAGGAGAACUUCGAGCGCUGCACGCACAAACGGGUCAUCAAGGCGUGGGACGCAGACAUGGAGGUCAUCGACCGCUGGGUGAAGUACAUGGAGGAACACACCAUGGCUGGUGUUGGUAUUCGGGUCGUUCGGUGGCGCCGGGCGCCGGUGAGCAUCGGUCGGAAGCGGUUCGACGCAGCCAUGGGCCACAUGCGCCUCGGAGGGCCGACGAGCCCGGAGAAAGUGAAGGAAUUGGGAGAGAAGAUUGUGCAGCAGGAGAUGGCGGCGGCAGAAGGCAGGACAGAGCUAGAAUCACCAGCAAAGUCCUCAUAGACCGGAUUGUUGUGAGUCGUAGGACAUCUACCACGGUAUCAUGAUCCCUGCUGUUGUCUUUCCUCGCACUAUUCUAUGCAUGCUUGAGCUGUACACAA